ACGUCGGAUUGAAAGGUCUUCAGUCGCUCUGGUUGCACGUCUGCGUCGCGACGCAAACACGGUGAUAGGGUCAACAAGAGAUCGCGUACUUUUCUCCCAAAGCCCUCCUCGAAGUGCUCGCGCGGUGAAAGUUCGAGACCUUGAAAGCACGGCGAUUCCCGAAGUUGAGAAGCCUCGUUAUUGUCAUUUCUUUAAUCGAAGUGUUGGAACGAUAGAAACUCAAAACGGGGAACAUGAAUUGCGCUGCCUUUUGGAAGGGAUUCGGUCGACACAUAAAACGAGGUCGAGAUUUUAACAUGGCAAGAGCCCUGCCGAGACAAAGACCGCGUCGUGAAACCGUCUACGGCGAGAUCUAUGAUCCGGCAGAGGAUCGCGAAGAGCUCCCCAAGCCUCCGGCUAAGACUCAAGAGCAAAUGGAUAUGCUGAUGAAUAGAAUUAGGACAACCGCCUUCCUGAAGGAAAUCGAUGAGCCGCGUCUGAAGGCAGCCCUUUCACACAUGACCAGGAGAGAGGUGAAACCAGGAGAGAUCAUCAUGAGACAGGGAGAUUUAGGCGAUCAUUUCUACGUGGUCGAGAAGGGCGAGUUCCAGACUUACGUCAGGGCCGAGGAUGACGACCCCAUCUGUUUCGGGGACCCCGAUAAGACUUACAAGGACGACGGCUGCUUCGGCGAACUCGCCCUGCUCUACAUGGAGACCCGAGAGUUUACCGUGAAAGCCGUCACUGCCGGUGUCAUCUGGCAGAUCGCUCGUAGACUCUACACUCGAGUGGUUGUUAAAAUGGCCUAUUUGAGAAGGCAACGCUACAUGAAGUACCUCGACAGUGUCUUCAUGUUGAGCACGGUCGAGCCCUACGAGAAAGUCCGUCUUUGCGACGCCUUCGAACCCAGAGUCUUCAAGAAGGGAGAAACCAUCAUGAAAGAGGGCGGCCCCGCCGACGGAAUGUAUUUCGUCGAGGAAGGCGAAGUGGAGCUCAAGAGGAAGGACAAAACCCAAGUUCUUGAUAAGGGCACUUACUUCGGAGAGCAUGCGCUGCUCGUGAAGACUCCGAGAGAAGAAACCGCCGUUGCGAAAUCCGACGAGGUCAUAUGCGCUUUCCUCGAAGCGGAGGCCCUCGAUCGCCUGCUCGGAAAGCUGAACGACCUGCUGAAGAGAGAUAAAGCCAUCUGCAAGAGAGUAGCCCAGCAGCUUUUCAAAUCCGACACCAUCCCGGCCGAUAAACUCAGAUAAAUUGCCAAUGGCCCCGGGACUAUCCGAUUCUACUACGUCCUCGCAUAGUCUCUCCUUGCAGAAAUCAGGGUUCAUAAUCAUUAGGAAUACGAAUUUUUGUGCCAUCCAUGUUCGUAGAAUUCGACGACGUCACAACGCAUUCGGCGAUGAAACGGAUAUUUUAUCCCCAACAUGAUCCCUUAGAUCCUUAGUAGUCUCUCAUGUCGACCGACCCUUACACCGGGAAUCUUUGUCGUGUUUUCCUUUAAUGAUGAACGAUGUGCAAAGCUCAAUCGCUCUAGUUUGUAUUUAUUUCACUUGACAAGAUUUUCUCGUAUGCCCCAGCCCAUACAGCGGACAUUUCUGACCCUGACAGUCUUCUCCGAGGAGCCGGUGGAUCAUUGUAAUCAUCCAUCAGACAAGAGAUGAAUUGGUCCUACUGGGCUCAUUGCUGAAGUAAUUGUAUAUUCAUUUAUAGUGAGGAGCGCUCAAGAUUUCCAUGUGGAAAUCCGUGAGCCAUGAUGACUGCGUGGCAGAUUGAACGAUGAAGAUAUGAUUUGACCUUUAAGUGUUUUGGAAGCGCUACGUGCGUUGUGGCAUGAGAGCAUCUAUUGAUUGAACGUGUUCGAGGGACAACCGAGUCUAGAAUCUUAUGGAAAGUGGUGAGAACAGAGUGAAGAAGCAAAUAAAUUUGAAGAACGAUUCUUAA